UUAUCUCGCCGACGUCGCCUUCCAAAGCGACUCUGCGACAUCAACAUGUAAACCUCAGGAAAGCGGCCCCUCAGCCACGCCGGUAACGGCCCAUCAAAAUCUGCUUCACUGGACAGGCUGACCGGUCUUCAUCAUGAUUCGCCUCCUUGAUAUGAGAGCAGACUCCGCCAAUCCCAUUCCUCCCCCGUGCCGAGUUCCGGAUGACACUGGUCAUGGACUGGGCGGGGCCGAUGCAAUGAAUUCUGCGCGUUCUUUUGUAUUCGCCUCACAUUCUCCAGUAACAUGGACUUUGAGAUGCCGCUCCAGCCUCUAAAUCCGAGACUACUGCCAUGCAUAUAUCAUCCUCGGCCUGUUACCCCCUCCUUUCUUUUAUUGACCGAUCACGGCAGCUGCAUGUCGGACUGUUCUUCUACUAGCAUCCUGAGAGACCUAUCAUGGCACCUAACUUGAACAGGACCCGAACGGCGCCGGCUAAUCUCCCACGCCAGCAGUCACGCACACGCGAUCCUUUAAGACGAGCACGAUCGACUCCGGACGAUGGGCUCCACCAACUGUUUUCUCCUCAAUUCAUGGAUGACCACGGUGCUCACCAAUAUCACGCCGACUCUGUCCCAGACGAUCUCAGCGACGCGGCAACCAUUCCCGAUGAGGAUGACGCAGACACAAGUACCACCGCAUCUGUAGACGAGGUCAGAUUUGGCGUUCGGGACACCAGAGACAGUCGUGAUGUGGAAGCCAACCCCCCCGAACUGACCAGGGAGAAAUCUGUAAGAUCGAUCAAGGAUCCGAACCUUGUUACCUGGGAAAGCCCCGAAGACCCGGAGAAUCCGAAGAACUGGACUGACAAACAGAAAUGGGCAGCAACUCUGAUCGUAUCCUCCUUUACCUUCAUCUCACCAGUGUCCUCAUCAAUGGUGGCGCCUGACCUGAUCAAAAUUGGACAAGAUCUGGGCAUUAAUUCUGAGGUUGAAAGAUCCUUAACGCUCUCAAUCUUUGUGCUCGCCUAUGCUAUUGGACCACUUUUUCUUGGGCCGCUAAGCGAAAUCUACGGUCGGGUCAUCGUUCUGCAACUCUCAAACCUCUUCUUCCUUGCUUUCAAUAUUGGCUGCGGCUUUGCGCAGACACAAGGUCAACUUAUUGCUUUUCGCUUCCUCAGCGGCUUAGGUGGAAGCGCUCCGUUAGCUCUCGGUGGUGGACUGCUGAGUGACUGCUGGCGAGCGGAUGAACGUGGGAAAGCAAUCAGUAUUUACAGCCUUGCGCCUCUGCUUGGCCCUGCUGUGGGCCCAAUUGCCGGCGGAUAUAUUGCGUUGAAGACAACCUGGAGAUGGUGCUUCUGGUCAACUUCGAUAGUCGACGCCGGUGUUCAAGUCCUGGGCUUGAUUUACCUUCGCGAGACGUAUGCGCCAAAAUUACUGGCGAACAAGGCAGAGAAGCUGCGGCAUGAGACAGGCAACCCCGAUCUUCAUACAGAAUGGGAGCAUCCCGACAGAACACUGGUCAAAGUCCUCAAGUCAAGUCUAAUACGUCCAUUUCGAAUGCUUGGGACUCAGCCAAUCAUCCAGGCCCUUGCAAUAUACAUGUAAGCCAUAUCCCCAUCAAAGUCUGUGCUUGAUAAUAAUCUCGGUCAAGGGCGUAUUUGUACGGACUAAUGUACCUUGUCCUCUCUACCUUUCCAACUGUGUGGACGGAUGUCUACCACGAAUCGACUGGCAUCGGAGGUCUAAAUUACAUUUCUCUCGGCGUGGGCUUCUUCCUGGGCACCCAAAUUUGCGCCCCAAUCAAUGACCGCAUCUAUCGUAGACUGAAAAAGCGGAACAACAAUGUGGGGAAGCCCGAGUUUCGUGUUCCUUUGAUGGUUCCAGGAGCCGCCCUCGUACCUAUUGGGUUGUUCAUUUACGGUUGGAGCGCCUACGAAGCAACGCAUUGGAUCGUGCCCAAUAUUGGAGCUGCCAUAUUCGCAGCUGGGACAAUCAUGGGGUUUCAGUGUACCCAGACGUACAUUGUGGACGCAUACUCUCGAUUUGCCGCCUCCGCUGUGGCUUCCGCUGUCGUGCUGAGAAGUUUAGCAGGGUUUGGCUU